AUGCCGGCUACCGUGGGAGGGAACCACUACUCCAGGGCGGAAUUGCUGAAGUUACGAGGCCGGCUCCCCGUCUCUGGGACCACGAAGGACGAACUGGUCCAAUGUGGAAUCUGGCACGCAAGGGGAUGCAGGGCUGGUCGUAAGAGGGGCGAGAAUAUCCAAGUUGUAACCAACAAUCGUCCAAAAAGGUACGAAGAUUUCAAAAUAGUCGAGAACAUGAAAGCGCGCCAAAGGUGCCUAACCCCAAUUAGGAAAGAAGGACAGCCAUUGGUCGGGAUAAGAGCAGACAACAACAACAAACGUCUCCCCAUGCCGAAAAUUCUUCUGAUCAACGCCAGAUCACUUUGCAACAAGAUGGAAGAAUGUAGUAUUCUUCUCCAUUCCAUGAACAUUCAUGUUGCUGUCAUCACGGAAACGUGGUUUGACCCCGACUUACCUGACGCACAGUGGGACAUCGACGGAUACCACCUUUUCUCGAAACCUCGUCAAGGUAAGAAAGGUGGAGGGGUUGCCAUUUAUGUCAACAAUAAUAUUCAGGCACAGAUAAUCGAUGUUUCAAUCCCUGCCGACUUGGAAUGUUUGUGGAUAAAGAUGCGGCCACCACGUCUUCCACGGGAACUAUCCAGCGUUGUUGUAUGUGCUGUUUACAUUCCACCGGGAUCACCGCAUAGCGGAGACCUCAUUAACCACCUGUUGACUGUUGUGGACGAGCUACGGUCGACGUCCCCUGAUGUCGGACUCUGUAUCGCUGGGGAUUUCAACAGAACAGACCUUCAAGAUAUCUGCAGAGGAAACCAGCUUCGUCAAAUUGUGGACGUACCAACCAGAAUGGAUGCCACUCUGGACUGUAUAAUAACAAACCCGGACCACCUGUACCUCCCACCUGCACUGCUCUCACCACUGGGCAGCAGCGAUCACAACAUUGUACAUCUCGUGCGGUCGAGGGUCACCAGACCAAUGCCGGACUCAAGGAUAAGGUCGUUUGGCCAAUGGUUAGUCUCACACGACUGGUACGAGGUCCUCACAGCGGACGACGUCCAAACUAAGACCAACAACUUCUACCAUACGUUGGUGGAGAAACUCAACCAGCAUUUUCCUGCAAAGGUAUGUCAAAUGCACACCAAUGAUAAACCUUGGCUUUCCCCGAACAUCAAAACCCUGAUGAAACAAAGACAGCAAGCUUUCAAGUCAGGGGAGAAUGACAGAUACAAAGAAUUACGUAACAAGGUGCAACGAAUAAUCAAGAGAGCGAGAGGAAACUUCUACAAGGACAAAGUCAAAUCUCUAAAAAAAGAAAAUCCCUCAAAAUGGUAUCAAAUGCUAAAGUCUAUGACCAACACAACUAGAAGGGAACUCACACUUAACAUCGAAGGAACACCUACUGCUGACCACAAGGCAACAGCAAACGCCAUUAACGAAGUGCUCUGUGCCGUGACAUGUUCACUUGAAAAACUGGACCUGGGCAAACUACCGGUACCCCCAUUUCUUCCAGCGAAACCCAUAGAGGAAAUUCAACCGUGGGAGGUCUACAAUGAAUUGCGCAACAUCAAUACGAGAAAAGCCGCUGGACCCGACGACAUUCCCAACCGUACCAUCAAAGAGUUCUCGUACGAGAUUUCUACCCCGUUAACGCACAUUCUCAAUGCUUCACUUGCAGAAGGGGUUGUAACUGUACAGUGGCGCCAAGCCAACAUCGUUCCUCUGCCAAAAAGCCGCCCUCCGUCCAUCGAGGAACUCCGACCAAUCUCUCUCACACCAGUGCUGGCAAAGGUUGUGGAGAGAUUCGUGGCGACCCGACUCUACUCAGACAUUAAGGAAAACAUCGACCCUACCCAAUUCGGCUGUCUUGCAGGCCGGUCUACUACCCACUGCCUAGUAUAUUAUCAAUCAACUUGCGAAAACCUCUGA